UCCAAAGCUCCACAGCUUCUUCUUCUCCACCGCUUCCGUUCAAAUGUGCGCUUUCAAAACCCUAAGCGUUUCUCCUCCCAAUUUCCCCAUCCGAUUCUCAUCGUUUCCUCUUGGUCUAUGCUUCAAUGGGCGACAGCUCUCCACCCUUGCCGCCGCUGCUGCUGUUGCCACUGAUGACUCCAGUGACACCGUCGAGCAGCUGCUCACCGACACCAACGGCAUCGAGCGACUCAUGAAGAUGGAUCGCCGGAGGUUUCCUGAAUCUAAUCGUUGGUUCCCGUAUCUUGACGUCUUUAGAGUGGGAUCGAUGGCUCUGAGGAGCGGGGAGGUUAUCCAGGCGCUGGACCCGUACAUUCAAGACGCUCGGAAGGAGAGGAUGCGGCAGGCCGUUGUCGGAAGGAGCUACUCCGUCUGUCUCGUCGUCGAAGGCCUCUCUGACUUCGGCAACGUCUCCGCCGCGUUCCGUUCCGCCGAUGCACUUGGAAUCCAGUCCGUCCAUGUUAUUUCCCCGGAUAGCAGGAAAAGGUAUAAGGACAAUAGGCAUGUGAGCAUGGGUGCUGAGAAAUGGCUUGACAUUGAGCUCUGGAAGUCACCUGUGGAGUGCUUUCAGGCACUGAGAUCACGAGGUUAUCGAAUUGCAACAACACAUUUAGGAAACAAUGCGGUUUCUGCAUAUGAGUUGGAUUGGUCUUGCCCAACGGCUAUAGUUGUUGGGAAUGAACAUAUGGGUAUCAGUGAUGAGGCUUUGCAGUUGUCUGAUUUGCACUGCUGUAUUCCUAUGAAUGGCAUGGUUGAUUCCUUCAAUGUUUCAGUUGCAGCAGGGAUCCUCAUGCAUCAUGCUGUAUGUGAUAGAGUUUCUCGACUGGGUCGGCAUGGUGAUUUGACACAAGAAGAAAGCCAGAUUCUGCUCGCUGAAUUUUUCUUGCGUCACAGGGAAAGCACUCUAAGCAUUGUCCAUGAAUACGCGAAGCGGAAGAUAGAAAGCAUCUAAGCAAACUUUGACAUUAUCAAUUAUGUCAAUACUGAUAAUUAACUCAGACAGGGAAAUUGGAAAUGCUGAUUGUGUGGCCGAACAAAAUUAAGGGCCAUUCUACAAAUUUCGGCUUUGUAUUUAUGUCAAAUUAUUGGAUCAUAGAUUUAGAUUGUACUCUUUGUUGUUUUAUGCCAAACACCAAAUUUUCAAUGAAUUAUUAAGAUUAAAUUCUCA